AUGUUGAUGACUACUGUCGGUAAGGGAGGCACUGCACCCAAUUAUCUUACGGAGAAUCAUGCAGUGGGUCGUAGAAUCAUCGAUCUUCCACCUGAAUUGGCAUUGAAAAUAUGCAAAUACCUCGAUGCUGCGGAUUUGGUAAGGGUCUGCAACUCUAUCCCACAUUGGAAAUGGAUGCUUUCGACACCUCGAUGCUUUACUCUCAUGCUCGAUUACAUAAAUCAAUGGACUUGGUUAAACGAAGGUCUCUGCCAGCUCCUCUUCUCUCGGUCUCCACAAAUCUCCUUUCAAGAGGCGUAUGAAGCCAUUCGAUAUCAGACUGAAGAGAGUGACUCUUUUCGGCGUUUCCUAUCUACCCUAUCUCAUGGCUCAGUCCACAGAACUAUACGCAUUCGUCGUUUACCAUUUCUUGACAUCGACAAGCUGUCGUACUGCGAGUGUAUGCUGCAGCUGGAAUUACCAAAUCCUGAUAUUGCCUCGUACAUUCCAACAAACAAGUAUAAUUUAACUGUGCUUUGCAAUACGACAACCAACUUCACCGUUACGAAAGGAUCAAUUGAAGUUAGUGGAGGUUGUGUCACUAGAACGAAUGGGUGCACUGGAGAGGAGGAUGAACCGGACAGUUGGGAUUGUGUUAUUUAUCUGGUACACCCUCUACGAUUCCUCGUGAAUGAUCUGAUAGCCACCAUAGAUGCUCUAUCACCUCAUCAAACGUUGAUAGUUGCAGUCAUCGUAAACACAGGUAACGAAAAGACAAGUGAGAUGGACUGUCUUACAAAAUUCAUUCACAGUCUUGGAGGUUACCACAACUCUCCUUUGUGUACUGUGCCAACGAAGUGGAGACUCUGGUGUAUCAAGCGUCAGAACAAUGACUUUAUCAACUGGUCCGAUCUGUUGGAGUGGAGCUGCUACGAUGUGAUGUCAAAACAGAAAUGA